AUGGUACAAACUACAAAAAGAUUUCCGUGGCUAGUAUAUUCGAAAAAAGAAGAUGGAGCUUACUGCCGAUAUUGUGUAGUUUUUGCAAAAUAUGGAGGAGUUGGAAACCAAUCUUUAGGACAGCUUGUACAAACUGUAUUUCGCAAUUUUAAAAAAGCUCUUAAAGCAUUUCAAGAUCACACAAAGUCUGCUUAUCACGAAAUGAGUGUUUUAAAGUCUCAACAAUUUCUAAGUAUUUUAUUUGAUCAUAAACAGCCAUCAAUAGUAGAACGCAUUGACACUGAUAGAUUGGCUAAAGUCAAAGAAAAUAGAAAAAGACUUGUUCCUAUUAUUCAGUGUAUUUUGUUGUGUGGUAGAGAAGAAAUUCCUUUACGGGGACAUCUGGAUUUUGGUAAAAUAGUGAUAGAUGAUAUAAAUUCAAUAGAAGGUAAAUUUCGUGCCAUUUUAAAAUAUCGAGCAAUAGGCGAUGAACAUUUAAAAAAUAUGUUGGAAGGUUGUGGUAAAAGGAACAAAUAUACAAGUCCUAUAAUUCAAAACCAAAUUAUUGAGGCGUGCAAUAAAAUUAUUCUCAAACAGAUUGUUGAUAAAGUAAAUUCUUCAAAAUGCUUCUCAAUCUUAGCUGACGAAACGACUGAUGUAGCUACGAAGGAACAAUUAUCAAUAAGCGUGCGUUAUGUGGAUAAUGAUGAUAUAUUACAUGAAGAUUUUCUUCAAUUUUUUGAAAUAAACAGUUUGAUUGGUUCAAGUUUAGCUUCAUCUAUAUUAGAUGGUUUAAAUGCUUGCGGUAUUGAUUGUGAACACUUGUAUGGCAGGGAAAUUCAAUGGUGUCCAAGCUCAGUAUGUACAUCCAGUGAUAUAAAAUCUGUUAGAAAUUGUUUGGGAAUCGUUGAACGGCUUUAUGUAUUUUUCAACACACCAAAAAGAAAAAAUGAAUUAAUCAACGAAAUUGAAAAUAGUGACUCCAUACCUUGUUCUAACGCUAGGACACUGAAAAGGCAAUGUGCAACAAGAUGGGUACAGAAAUACGAAUCAUUGAAUGAUUUUGUUGAAUUAUUACCAUUUGUGAUUAAGGGCGGUGAAAGCACAGGUGAAGCACAGGACGACGACAUCGUCGUGCCCAAGAUACCGCUCACGUCCAGCGGUGAGGACGACCUGCCCAUCUUACUGCGGCGCCUUCAAUUCCCGGUGAGAUUGUCGUUCGCCAUGACUAUCAACAAGUCGCAGGGUCAGACGUUCGACAGGGUAGGUUUGCUACUGACGUCGCCUGUGUUCACGCACGGGCAGCUGUACGUAGCGUUUUCGAGGGUGAGAAACGCACAGUCCGUGAGAGUUGGCAUGUACGCCGAUGAUAGCGGGCGAUUUGUCACCAAGAACAUUGUGUACAGGGAAGUUCUGUAA